UUAAAAUUCAAUGUCUUGUACAGUAAGAUUUAAAAAAUAAAAUAAAAUUGUUUUAUUGUUAUAAUGCAUUUAAUUAUUAUUACACAGAGUAUACUUAAAAAGUAUUCAAUUGUUUGAUAAAAGACUAAUGCAAUCUAAAUUUAUUUCAAAUUUAUUUCAUUUAUUUCAAUUUAUUUCAUCUAUCCUUAUAUUUUUUAAUUCUUACUAUAAACUUUACAGACAGAUUUAAUCAAUGUUUAUUUAAGUAAUAUAUUUAUAUAAUUCAAAGAAAAAUUAGAAAUGACAACAAUUGAUAAUAUAUCUAUGAUUGAAGAUAGUGAUCUUCCUUUCAAUAAAAGGAAUCCCUGCAUUCCUCAACAGUUAUUAGAAGCAAAUGAAUUGUUAAAGUCAAUCAAUACAAGACUAGAAGAUUGUGCUUUAGAAUGGCAAGCAGAGAUUUCUCGUAAACAGUGGAAAAUUUUUAAUUCUAAUAUCAUUGGUGUAACUUUAUCUGAACGAUCUCUAUUAGCAAGAACAUAUUUUACAGAGAAAAACCUUGAUGAAGCUUUUCAACAUUUACUUUCUUGUAAUAAAAUCUUUUCAGAAUAUUUAAAAAACUUUAUUGAUCUUUUACAAGAUGAAGUAUCUACUUCAAAUAUCAAAAAAACAUAUGAUCUACAAAAUGAAUCCUGUAAUACAAAUAAAAAUUGUAAAGUAGUAGAUAUUAAUAAUAUAGAACAAAUGCAACUUCCUUCAUUAAAUAAUAAACAAUUAAAUAGGGAAGGAAAAAUUCAAGAUUAUAUUGAUAACAUAUUAACAGUUCAAAAUUCAUUUACUGAUGUGAUAAAAGCUAAAGUUAAUUUUGAUACAAAAUUUUUAGGAUUUGAAGCUAUAUUACAUAAAGCUACAUCUACAUCAACUGAUACAAUUUGUCUUUGUCAAUAUUGUUCUAAUAUUAUGGUAAAUAUGUUGUUAUAUCAUGUUAUAUUACUAUUAGUGAUAUAUUUAAACAAUUAAAUUGUAUAAUUUAGCAAACUACACAUGGUACAAAUAGAAAAUUGAGAAGUGUAACCCUUAAUCAAAGAAAUCGAACAGUUGCAAAAACUAAACGCUUAACUAGAUCUAUAAAAACAUUAUCCAAAAAGAAAAAAAGAGAGAAA